CGAGAUCAACGGCAACCCGUUUCCUUAUCCACGUCAUUCCCCCGCUAUCGCUCGCACCCGACCCGUCUGCCGAAGCCCAGCUGAAACGAGGUGCUCUCGUCCCACUGCACUCGACUCUCAAAGGCCAGCUAGGUGCUGUAGCGCGCGAAUACAAACUCCCAAGCACGAGUGGGAUGCUUUUUUUUCUCUUAUCUGAAGAUCCGGAGACGGGCGCCUCGGGGAUGGCAGGACCGAGGAUAUCAGACGACGCGUGGCGCCUUCUUUGGCAGCCACUGCUGCGUAUGGAGCGAGAGGAGCUUGCUGCCGCUUUGACUUCCCCGAGGAGCGCCAGCGUCGCUUCACACCUCCCUCCGCACUCUCACUCCCCAGUACCAAGCCCCCCGAAUACGCUGCGCGACAGCCCAGUUGAUGACAGCGCCGUCACCUCACCCAGCGCCAGCAUUUCGAGCGACCUCGCGCAUGCGCAGGGACAAGUACUCAGACCGCUGAACACUGGUGCCGGUGCCGGCAUGGGGCCUUCACCGCGUCGACAAGCCUUCCCUUUCGGCUCUGGCC